GUCACCUGGAACUAUGACGUUUGUCUGUAUGCCAACGCUGGCAGACGCGACAGCACACGGACAUUCACUGCACUGGUGGACCCGGACUACUGCACCUGAUUUCAGGUCCAUCUUUAAGAACCUUGCUCAUCGGAUUCUUUUUCAGCCACCGGCAAGAUGCUCGACGUUCUAUUGGCUCGAUCGAAGUUCGUUCAGACAGCGUAUGGAGGAGGGGCAGUGCUUGGGCAGUGCAAUCCACGUAUUGAUGAGGGCACACAAAUUGUCAUGAGGGUUAUUAUCGAACAGCUGAAAACAUCUAUAUCUACACAACACCAAUACCUUCUUUGCGGAACUUGGAACUACCUCGACCGCGUAACUAACAAAAAUCGAGGACGCAAACGACAAUUUCAGAUCUCGGUCCCCAAGGAACCGCGCAGGGCGAAGAGGGAAUGUCGGGACUCCAGCCACGUGACCGACUUAGGAAUGGCAUCAUCUUAUUCAAAUCUUAUUCGCAAGAUUUCAAAUUUUUGUGUGUGACCCUGGGUUGACCAAAAACAUGAACGAUCCUGCGUUCUUCGCUGGUAACCCAACGAUGGGAAUCAAUGGCACUGAUGGCAUGAGCCAUUAUUCAUUCGCAAAUGUGAUGGAUCCGGUUGUGGAUAUCUCGAAGGUUCCUUCCCAAUACGGUUGAUGUACGCCGUCUUUCGAUGAGCAUAUGGGAUGCUUUUUCUGGGGA